CCCCCCACAAAAAAAAAAUUCAGACCUACCUACCCUAAUUUUUUUGAGCAUUGCUACUGGAAACAAAGGAUUUUUUUAGGCCUCAUUUCAUUCCACACUUAUUUCAUUUAAAACAGUUUUUGCAAAACAAAACUGUUUGUGGGUAGAUUUUGACUUUUACUCUUGAUUAUACUCCCGGUAAAAACCGUAACUGACCAGUCUUGACUGAAAUGUAAUAGAAAACUGAUCACAUGCAGUUUUUCCCGUACACUGUAAACUGGAGUUUAUACAGGCAUGCUCUACUAAAAUAUACCGGUUACCAGAUUUUAACCUAGAUAAACUGAAACUGAAAGUAGGUUAUUCCCAAAUUGAACAUUGCGAAACGUGUUGUUGUUUACAAAUUAUAGCUAGGUGUUUUGUGUUUAGUGUUUUGGAAUAAAUGUACCAGGAUGUUUGAAGUACUGAGAAGGACCAGUGAUGGUGUAGGGCAAUAAGUGUUGGGAUGUUCACUGCUUUCUGGAGGGUUUUUGUCACUAUGGUAACUGCAUCAACAGCCGUCACCCCUGCACAAUUAUGCCAGUGUUUCCACAUGUGCUGCGGGAAAUACUGUGGUAAAGUGUUGGUGUGUCUGAUGCUUUUGUUAACUGUGUGUAGUGCCUCUAAUUCCAACAAAGACCAGAGAACCUGUAAUAGAGGGACAAUUACACCAGCAGAGCCAUAUUUCCUGGAAGGGGAAGAUAUUGUUCUCAUGUGCAACAGAAAGAAGGGCCCAUCUAAACAUUUGACGUUUGUUAGAGGUCAGAAUUCUACAUUAGUGCCAGACAAGUAUAUUCAACAAUUCAAUGACACUGCAAUAAAGAUGGUCAUUCCAAAUAUAACGGCAGAAGAUAUUGAUGCUAGUAGCCCAUUUACACAGUACAGAUGUAUACAUACCGGUAAUAAAAAGAAAAGAUGUUAUGACAAUGUUUAUGUUCGUCUGGAAUGUAAGUAUUUGCUACUGAUAUGUCAUCUACAUGGGGUUUAGUGGGUAAUAUAUUGACGACUCAACCUGAAGGAUCGCAUCAUCCUCAUACUGCAUCAUCCUGGCACUGUUAAUGUCUUUACCAGGUAACUGACUCGGGAUUGAUUAAGAUAAGCUUUAUUUCUUUCCUUGCAAUCCAACAUACAGAAUUUGUAUAUAUACAGUUAUUAACAAAUAAGAAAAAGAAAAAUCAACAACAACAUGUGUAGCGUUUGUUCAUAGAUAAUUAUUAACUUCCAACGUUUCGGCGUUAAGCCUUCCUGAGGGAAGAAUUUUUUAUAUAUACAGUUGAAACUUUGUUUCUUGAAUUCACUUAUCUUGAAAUUCCAGCUGUCUUGAAGAAUUCUUCAAGUCCCAUCUAAAUGUCUUAUUAAUACAUGUAUUUGUAUUUUCACUUUGUUGAAGUUAAAUUAUAAGUCUCAUUAUGCAGUCAAAUCGUAUAUAUUAUGUCUAAAAAUUGUUGCCUAUAUAAAGGGGUGAUCUGAAAUAAACAAAACCAAUGAAAAAUGCAUUUCUAAUUACUACACAUUCGUUACAUGUACAAAAAAUGUAUAUGUGAUGUUAACAUUUUUAGCUCACCAGAGCACAUAGUGUUCAAGGUGAGCUUUUGUGACUACCCUGUGUCGUCGUCCGUCGUCAGUCGUCCAUCGUCAUCAACAAUUUAACUGUUAAUACUCUAGAGGUCACAAUUUUGGCCCAAUCUUAAUGAAACUUGGUCAGAAUGUUACCCUCAAUAAAAUCUUGGACGAGUUUGAUAUUGGGUCAUCUGGGGUCAAAAACUAGGUCACCAGGUCAAAUCACAGGAAAAGCUUUUUAACACUCUAGAGGCUACAUUUAUGACCCUAUCUUCAUGAAACUUGAUCAGAAUGUUUGUCUUGAUGGCCUCUAGGCCGAGUUUGAAUCUGGGUCAUGUUGGGUCAAAAACUAGGUCAUCCGGUCAAAUCAAAAGAAAAGCUUGUUAACACUCUACAGGCCACAUAAAGAUCCUAUCUUCAUGAAACUUGGUCAGAAUGUUUAUCUUGAUGAUUCCUAGGCCAUGAAUGAAUCUGGGUCAUGUGGGGUCAAAAACUAGGUCACUAGGCCAGAUCAAAGGAAAAUCUUGUUAACAUUGUAGAGACCACAUUUUAAGUUUGAAACCCAUGAGAAUUAGUCAGAAUGUUUGUCUUGAUGACCUCUAGGUCAGCUUUGAUUCUAGGUCAUGUAGGGUCAAAAACUAGGUCACCCAGUCAAUUUAAAGGAAAAGCUUGUUAACACUCUAGAGGCCACAUUUAUGACCUUAUCAUCAUGAAACUUGGUAAGAAUGUUUAUCUUGAUGAUCUUUAGGCCAAUUUUGAAUCUGGGUUAUGUCGGGUCAAAAUCUAGGUCACUAGGCCAGAUCAAAGGAAAAUCUUGUUAACACUCUAGAGACCACAUUUUAAGUUUGAAACCCAUGAGAAUUAGUCAGAAUGUUUUUCUUGAUGACUUCUAGGUCAAGUUUGAAUCUGGGUCAUGUGGGGUCAAAAACUAGGUCACCCAGUCAAUUUAAAGGAAAAGCUUGUUAACACUCUGGGGCCACAUUUAUGACACUAUCGUCAUGAAACUUGGUCAGUAUGUUUAUCUUCAUGAUCUUGAGGCCAAGUUUGAACCUGGGUCAUGUCAGGUCAAAAACUAGGUCACUAGGCCAGAUCAAAGGAAAAUCACAUUUUAAGUUUGAAACCCAUGAGAAUUAGUCAGAAUGUUUUUCUUGAUGACCUCUAGGUCAAGUUCGAAUCUGGGUCAUGUGGGCUCAGAAACAAGGUCACCCAGUCAAAUUAAAGGAAAAGCUUGUUAACACUCUAGAGGCCACAUUUAUGAUGCAAUCUUCAUGAAACUUGGUCAGAAUAUUUAUCUUGAUGACCUUUAGGCCAAGUUCGAAACUGGGUCAUGUGGGGUCAAAAACGAGGUCACCUGGCCAAAUCAAAGGAAAAGCAUGUUAAAACUCAAGGGGCCACAUUUUUUAUUCAAUCUUCAUAAAACUUGGUCAGAAUGUUUGGUAUCAUGAAGUCUUGUAUAAUUUCGACUCUGGGUCAUGUGGGGUCAAAAACUAGGUCACUUUGUAAAUUCAAAGGAAAAGCUUGUUUAUACUCUAGAAGCCACCUUUUUGCUCCAAUCUUCACAGAAAUUUGUCAGAAUGUUUGUUUUCAUCAAAUGAUGGACAAGUUUUAAUCUGGGUCAUGUGGGUAAAAACUAGGUCACUAGGUCAAAAACUAGGUUACUAGGCCAAAUCGAAGAAAAUAACACUAGAGGCCACAUUUUUGCUCCAAUCUUCAUGAAACUUGGUCAGAAUGUUUAUCUCCUUGAAAACUCAGACAAUUUGAAACUGGGUCAUGUGGUUUCAAAAAGGUGGUCACUAGGUCAAACAUGUUUGUUAUGGUGUGUUACUCUGGUGAGCGACCUAGGGCCAUUAUGGCCCUCUUGUUAUAUAUUUAUGAAGCUUUAGCAAAUGAUUUACAGAAAAUUUUGUUAAAAACAACUGAAACAAUUUUCAGGUUGAAUUUCUGUUAUUGCAAAGUAAAAUACUCGUCUCUUUGAAUUCAAGAUACAGAGAAUCAACUAAUGGGGGUUGGGGUGGGGGUAUAUUAAUAUAUCAUACGACCAUAAUGUAAUAAUGUAAAUCUGAUGAUAACUGUGUUAACAGACAGACUGUACUUCCCAGGGCUGAACUCUUACAAAACUUUUACAACUAAUUGAUAAAGUUUGGUAUCAGCUUGUUAUGCAACACAUUGUAAUGGCAGAAAGUGCUGAAAGGCAAAUCAAGAGUGGAACAGUUGAAUGUAUUGUCUUAUAGGUUAAAGGUAGUUCAACAUUUCAGUUCUUAAGACAAGCAGUGUCAAGUAUUGUGGUAAAAAUUAAUGCACUUUAGUUUUUAGCUCACGGGAGCCAAAGGCUCGGGUAGACUGUUAGUAUGGUAGUUCCUCCGGUUGUCUGGCAACAAGAUUUUUUCUGUCAUGAACUGUUUGCUCGAUUUUCACCAGACAACAAUUUCUUGUUAUAAAGCACAUGUAGUAUUAACACUUACUGUUUUGGAGAUAAACAGGUCAGAGGUGAAGGUCACUGGGAUUGUAGUCAGUAUAUAGAUGUUCUCCAUUGGGUGUAGGUUAAAGGCAAGGUCACAUGUGUACUUAUAUAGGAAAAAGCUUCAAAAAUCUUCUUGUCUGAAACUGAAAGGCCUAGGCUUUUGAUAUUUGGUAUGUUGCAUUGACUUAUGGUCCUCUACCAAAAUUGUUCAAAUUAUGCCCCUGGGUUGAAAAGAGGCCCCACCCUGGGGGUCACUUGUUAUAUUAGUUAUAUAGGAAUAAAUACUUCAAAUAUUAUCAGAUCAUAUUUCCUAGACUGCUUAAUUAUAAUUACCUGAUGGUUCCAAGUGAUUAGGGGUCACUUGACUGUGACCUUGACCUACUUUCUUGGUUUUGCACACCGAUCUUAAAACUGACUUUCAGUGACAAUGAAUGUGACCUACUGACCUACUUUCUAAUAUUUUAGCAUCAGUUUGCCAUUUUAAACAUGUGGCUCAUAUUACUCAGGUGAGCAAUUCAGGGUCAUCAUGACCCUCUUGUUUAGCUCAUCUGAGCACAAAGUGCUCAUAGUGAGCUAUUGUGAUCAUGCUGUGUCCGUCAUCCAUGCAUCAAGUCGUCCGUCUGUCGUCAACAUAUGUGUUUAAACGACAUCUCCUCCAUAACCACUGAAUGGAUUUUGAUGGAACUUGGCAUGGAUGGUCCUCUACCAAAGUUGUUUAAACGGUUCCGCUUGGUUGCACAUAGGGGCUGCCAGCGCUAAAAAUAGAAAAAACGACAUCUCCUCCUAAACUGAUGGUCCGAUUUUGAAGUAAUUUCACACAGAUGGUCCUUAUGUCACCCUCUACCAAGAUUAUUCAAAUUAUACCAAUUCGUCAAAAAACAUGGCUGCUGGAGGGCGCGGUCACUUUUCCCUAUAUGUAUAUAGUGGAAACUUUAAAAAUCUUCUUGUAUGAAACUGCUUGCCAGAUUUUAGAAUAAUUUUACACAAAUGGUCCUUGUUUGACCCACUACCAAGAUUGUUCAAAUUAUUUUGAUUCAUCAAAAAACGUGGCCGCCAGAGGGCGUGGUCACUUUUCCCUAUAUGUGUAUAGUGGAAACUUUAAAAAUCUUCUUGUGCGAAACUGCUGUCCCAAUUUUAGAAUAAUUUUACACAAAUGGUCCUUGUUUGACCCUCUACCAAGAUUUUUCAAAUUAUUUUGAUUCGUCAAAAAAAAUGACCGCCAGAGGGCGUGGUCACUUUUCCCUAUAUAUAUGUAGUGGAAACUUUAAAAAUCUUCUUGUGUGAAACCGCUAGCCCGAUUUUAAAAUGAUUUUACACAAAUGGUCCUUGUUUGACCCUCUACCAAGAUUGUUCAAAUUAUUUUGAUUCGUCAAAAAACAUGGCCGCCAGAGGGCAUAGUCACCUUUUUUAUCCUUAUAUGUAUAUAGAGGAAACUUUAAAAAUCUUCUUGUUUGAAACUGCAAGCUGGAUUUUAAAAUAAUUUUACACAAAUGGUUCUUGUUUGACCCUCUACUAAGAUUAUUCAAAUUAUUCCGAUUCGUCAAAAAACAUGGCUGCCAGGGGGCGUGGUCACUUUUCUUCUCUGAAUCAAUAAUAGCUGGAGCCUUGAUAUUUGGUGUGUGAUAUCAGAUUUGUAAUGUCUACCAUAAUUGUUCAAAUUAUUGCCCUAGGUUCAAAAGUGUGUGUGACAUGUGUAUAAUAUAGGCUAACGUAAAAGAAACCUAACUCUGUACUUAUACAAACACACUUGAAGCCUUGUACACAGGUGAGCACUUCAGGGUCAAUGACCCUCUUGUUCUGUGUUUGCUCCAGCACAACAAUGUUAAAGGUUGCAACCUUUGUCAAAUAGCUUCUUAGGACAUGAUAUCAUCAGUUUAUAUACACUUAGCAAAUCUUCUAAUGCAACACUUUUCUUUUUAGCUCACCUGUCACAAAGUGACAAGGUGAGCUUUUGUGAUCGCGCGGUGUCCGUCGUCCGUCCGUCCGUACGUCCAUGCGUGCGUCCGUAAACUUUUGCUUGUGACCACUCUAGAGGUCACAUUUUUCAUGGGAUCUUUAUGAAAGUUGGUCAGAAUGUUUAUCUUGAUGAUAUCUAGGUCAAGUUCGAAACUGGGUCACGUGCCAUCAAAAACUAGGUCAGUAUGUCUAAAAAUAGAAAAACCUUGUGACCUCUCUAGAGGCCAUAUAUUUCACAAGAUCUUCAUGAAAAUUGGUCAGAAUGUUCA